GCUGAUUUCUGAACGGGGACUCCGCUUCUCUGUUGGCCAGCUGCUGUGGGUGAAGAAUCGCAGCAUGCUCUUCCCGGGACGUGUUGCUCAGAUCGACUUUUCACUUGGUCGCGACUUCCGGCCCUACUUGGUGCAAUACUUGGCCUGCUCCAGCCCCUGUGGUGCUCACGUCUAUGGUUGGCACGGUGCCAGCGGUCUGUUGGCAUGGUCAGAUGGGAAGGAGCAGGGGGCAUUUCAGCCGCGCAGCAGCUCCAAGCUUUUGAUGCGCGCCUUGACGGAAGCUCGACGCCUGGAGGACUCUGAUGUCUCUGAGAGGUCUGACAAAUGA